CCCGCAGCCAGUGACGAUAUAAAAUGCUGUUCUGUAUGAGUCUGUGUGUUGUAGGACGGAAGUACACAAUCUUGUGGUAAAUUGGAAGUAACAGAAAGAGGUAGUUGAGUAAAGAAUUGUGGUUAAUAAGUAACAGGACACAACGGUCGCCCCCAUGAUGCAAAGCCUGCUGGGAAAGUCCCUUGGCAAGCAGAGGGGUGUGUGAGUAUGUGUGCAGAGAGAUAUCGCUGAAAUAAAAAACAGGAAGACAAGAGGAGGGCUGGUUUACACGCAAUUUUUGAGUCUCCAGCUGUCAAUCAAGUUCUUCUUCUGAAGCCAAAGCUCUCCCUCUCAUGGGGAAGGUGAAAGGCAAGUCCGGGCCCUUGGCUCGGAGACCCGACAACUCUGCUUUCAAACAGCAGCGGUUACCUGCCUGGUCUCCAAUGCUAACUGCUAACACCGUGCUGCCGUUUUUCUACUUUAUGGCUUUGAUUUGUCUGCUGUUGGGAGUAUGGCUGCUUCUCACUGUGCAGAACACCCAGGAAAUGAAGCUGGACUACACAGAGGCCGAAACCUGCAAUGAGUGUUUUGAAAUGCGUAAAAAUGUGAGCAACGCAAACAAGACCUGCAUCUGCACAGUGAAUUUUAGGAUUGACAAACCAUUUAAGGGAGAUGUCUUUUUCUAUUACGGACUCCGUAACUUUCAUCAGAACCUUCGCAGAUACAUGGACUCCAGAGAUGAUGGGCAGACGGUUGGAAGGAAGAAAAAUUUAAAGGACCCAAGUUCAUAUUGUGAGCCAUUUUUGAAAGAUCCCAGCGGACGCCCGAUUGCUCCCUGUGGCGCUGUGGCCAACAGCAUCUUCAACGACUCCUUCACCCUGUGGUAUCAUCAUCCCAACGGCAAAGAUGAGGUUCCUUUGAUGCGGGAAGGCCUCACGUGGUACACGGACAAAUACAUCAAGUUCCGCAACCCAAAGACUGACAACUUGACUCUAGCCGAAGUGUUUGAAGGAACGGCGCCACCUCCAUACUGGCAGAAGCCCGUGUACGAGCUCGAUCCUUCGAAUCCCAUGAACAACGGUUUUAUCAAUGACGAUUUCAUUGUAUGGAUGAGGGAGGCAGCUUUCCCCAACUUCAAGAAACUUUAUGGAAUCUUAUUCCGAAACGACAACCCUUUCACGAAGGGGCUUCCAGCAGGCAAUUACAGCAUCGAUAUAUCCUACAACUUUCCCGUGCAGUAUUUUCGAGGCAGAAAGGAAGUGGUGCUGACAACGGUGACCUGGUUUGGAGGUCAGAACUAUUUCCUGCCUAUUGCUUACCUCGUAACCAGCGGCCUGAUCCUCCUGACAGCUGUCGUCCUCACGGUGGUCUGGUGGAAGUUUGGAAAAGAUGGGAAGAACAUGAAGAAGUGAAGAGGAAGAGGUGCUUCAGGAAACUAAUGAGAGGAAUGCUGGGAAAAACUUACAAGCAGAUUAAAAGAGAUUAUUGCUGGGUUGAUUUGAAGUUUUGUUUUUUGUUUUUUUAAAGAGACAACAAAAGCUAAAUGCUAAUCAUGUGUGAGUAAAUGAUGGAUGGGGGAAAUGGUUUAAAUAGGAAUGUUGUGUUCGAUUUCACGGCAGCACGUGAAGGAAAACUGCUUUCUUUUUCAGAUCCAUGUGUGUGACGGGUUUAUCGUGGUGCUGCUGUGUUUACACAUCUGAGCUCUGUUUACUUGAUUUUUACUUGCUGAAGUUUGCUUUUAUAAUACACACCAUUUCUCAUGUACUGUUAAUAUGUACAAAUAUUUAUUAGAAUUCUUACAUUAACAAAAGCACAGAUCCAACUUUUUUUUAUUUUCCUAAUGCAAAGUGUAUUCUUGCAUCCUUGUGUGCGAAAACUGUCAAAGUGCCACAUCUUAAAAUUGAAUAAAGGAUUGUAAUUAAAA